AUGGUCAACCAUUUUAUUGAUAACCUCUUUCCACACCUCUCUCCCAGAAGACGAGCUGUUGCACGGUCCCCCGCUAACGGGCGUGGCAGUCCCCUUGGUGGCAGGAUUGUGUGCCGUAAGUGUCAGAGCAAGUUUGUUUCCUAUCAGCAGCUAACCAACCACCAGCGAAAGGAGGGGGGCUGCAUUCCUGUGAGAUCUAGUGCAUCUAUCACUGCAACUAGUACGUCGACACAAGUUCCACCAUCAUCGCCGCUCCGGCAGUUCAACGCCUUCGAUUCUUCCUCCCACCCCUUGUCGCCCAUCCCAGAUCCUCUAACUCCUCCUCAUAUUGUAACUCAAGAUGCAGCUGGGACAGGUAACUCCGAAGAAGCAGACACUUCAUACCACCACCUCAUAUCUCCGGAACCAAGGACAUCUGCCUUAGGUCAGCAAGUUGGGGCGCGGUUCGAACAGAUUCCUCCUUGUGACGGGUCCAGCACCUUUGCUUCUGAAGAUCCAGCGGAAGAGAAAAGGCAAGAGGUUGUAGCAUUCAUAAAAAACUGCAAUGGGGGCAGAGGGCUCUCUCGGAAGGACCAGAACUGGCUGCUCAGCUUUGCUGAGAUUCCUGGAUUGAAGAAUGACAAAGAUGUGCAGAAGCAUAUUGACACGCUCCCAAGACCGGAAGGUUGGUCUAGAGCCAACCUAGCGGGCCCCGGGGAUGGACAAGACCUCUUCCUCGACUACUGCGAUGCGUAUACUGCUGUUCUGAGUUUGUGGAAGGAUCCGGCGCACGCUGGAAAAUUGAUCUUGAAGCCCAAGAUUCUGCGGAUCAAGAAUGGGGAGCGCCGGUAUAAAGAGGCGCACACCGGCGUCUGGUGGCAUGACAUGCAGAAUUUGAUCCCAGCGUCAGACACAGUGCUGGCGCUCAUACUGUAUAGCGACGGGACACCGCUCAGUUUGAGUGGGCGACUCAAAGUGCGCCCAGUGAUCUUGAGCCUUGCCAACAUUCCCAAGGAGCUCAGGGGGAAGCUCUCUGGUACAAAGAGUGGCAACAAGACUAACUGCCCUUGUCACACGUGUCUCGUGCUGGCCUGCGACCUUGAUGAUCUAGCUGCAGGCAGACGCGCCGAACUUCGGACAGAAAAGAGGAUGAAGCAGAUCUACGAUCAGGUUGUGAAGCUCCAUGCACAGGGAGGCUGUAAUGCGGUGAUUGAGUCAUUGGUCAAAGGCUGGUCAGUGAACCCGGUUGAGCUGGACCACGGGGUAAUACCCAUGUUGUUCGAGCUCGUGGGCGAGUACGCUAAGGACAAGUUCGGAGCCAAGGAGGGCAAUAAGCGCGUGGCUUUAGCGAACAAGCGCUUUCUCUCCUUCCGGAACUCGCACCCUGGUCUCCGUUUGCCCAACAUCGACUUCCUGGGCGGUUCGUCUUUCGUAACCGCCUUCGAGCAUCGGCACAGUUUGUCGGUAGCCGUCUAUGCCGUCGUGGGAGUUUUUACACUGCCCAACGGUCGUGACGAGAUAACACCCCUCUUUCGCGAUUUCGCUGAUGUGUACCUUGACUUUGCUGUCCGGCACAAAAGCCGAGGUCACACCGAUGCGUCCUUGGCGAAGGUAGACGCUGAUUGGGAUAAGGUCCUCGCUAAGAUGAAGAGGAUUUUGCCUUACCAGGCUUCGGGUUGGGGUACCUCCAAGGUACACACCAACGCGCAUUCUACCGAGUCGGUCAGUCUCAAAGGUCUUCCCGGGGAGUACUCUGCCGAUAAUUACGAGUCGAGUCACAAGAGGACGGCAAAGAACCCCUUCAGAGCUUCCAACAAAAACCAUAUGCAGCUGCAAAUGGUCAAGCAUGUGACCGACCGUCUCGCCCUGCGCAAAGCGGGCAAGGACUACUUCGUUCCGACUCGGAAGGAGACAGCUCUCCGCAAGCGGGCUAGAGACCAGAAGACCAACCUGCUGAGCGUGAAAGGUGGCCCUCUCCGUCUCUUCCGUCUCUCCAGGCAGUCCCUGCGGGACGGCAAUCGAGAUCCCGCCCUUCUCGCGCAGCCCGAGCUGGUCCAUCUCGAGCGCGUCCUUCGCGCGCACCUCGGAGGGAAUCCCAGAGGCACGCGAGCUUUGCUCGCGAAUCUUCCCACCGUUCAAGACGCCAAGGUUAUCCGACACAAGACGCUUGCGAUUGCAAGAGCGCGGCAGCCUGACGGCAGUUUGAAGACGGAGUUGGCUCGGGCGAACCCAUGCUUCGGGCAGAACCAGCGGCCCGUUUUCAGCAAUGUGAUUGUGGAUGGUGUCGGGUCGGAACGGCGAGGGCGACUGGAACGGACUGACUGGUAUGCGCAACUUCGUUUGUUGUUUUCCUGUGUCGAUCACCGGGGACAGAAGCGCGCCUAUGCUUUCGUGAAGUGGUAUCAGAAAACGGGCCCACAAGACGGGACCAGGAGCAUCCGUCUAAAAUGGGAGAUGGUUAACGGCCCCGGGGGUGUUGAGCAGGUUCGGUAUGACGUCAUAGGCCUUCAAACAAUAAAACGGCUUGAGCACAUCCUCCCGGAUCCAAACAACGAAGGUAUGUUUUAUGUUAAUGAAACCCGUCUAGUGUAG